AUGGAGUCUGAGCACCCGCAGGCCGGGGCUCCUUGCACUGCCCACGGCGACUCCAUGGAGGAGGGGGAGCUCCGCGGCCCAGCCCAGCGCGAGGCCCCCUGCCAGGGCGCGGCGGCUGCUGUGGCGAUGGCAAUCCCCAUCACACAACUCUUCCUGCUGUCUUCUCGGAUCCAGAUCUGCCCCAGGGCGGGAGGCACAGAACGCACGCGGGACGCCUUCUACCCCGACCCCUUGGCCUGGAGAAAAAGGCCACGAGGGGGCGGGGAGAGGCGGGGCCGAGGUGGCGGGGUGGGGGGGCCCCCGGAGAGCUUCAUAAAGCCACAGCAAAGGCGCCGCGACGCUAGUGACAGCGGCCCGCGGCAGAAGGAGCCCGGGAGCUGCCGUGCGCCCGCCAAACGCGGGCGCAGGACCCAGGCGUCCGAGCCCGGGCUUGGUGGGGGCCCCCCCGCUCCCGGGGCCCUGGCCCCGCCCCGCCCGCGGCCCGCCUCCGCGGACCCGACCCUCCCACCCGCCGGGGAGCCGGCCGCAGCGCCCCUCGACGGCUGCGGGAAGGUGCCAGCCUGCCCCGGAUGGGCCUCGUGGAGACGGUACGGAGACAUGCUGACCGGCACCGAGCCUAUGCCGGUGAGCGACGAGGGCCGGGCGCCCGGCGCCGACCCGCAGAACCGCUACUUCUACCCGGAGCCCGCGGCGCAGGACGCCGCCGACCGUCGUGGUGGCGGCAGCCUGGGGGCGCCCUACGCGGGGGGCGCCCUAGUGCCCGCUCCUUCGGGCCGCUUCCUGGGAGCCUACGCCUACCCGCCCCGGCCCCAGGCCGCCGGCUUCCCCGGCGCGGGCGAGCCCUACCCGCCGACGGCGGGCGCCGAGGGCUACCAGCCUGCGGAUGGCUACGCGGCCCUGGACCCGCGAGCCGGUCCCUACCCCGGGCCGCGCGAGGACUAUGCGCUGCCCGCGGGGCUGGAGGUGUCCGGGAAGCUGAGAGUCGCGCUCAACAACCACCUGUUGUGGUCCAAGUUUAAUCAGCACCAGACGGAGAUGAUCAUCACCAAGCAGGGACGGCGGAUGUUCCCGUUCCUGUCAUUUACCGUGGCUGGGCUGGAGCCCACCAGCCACUACCGGAUGUUCGUGGACGUGGUCUUGGUGGACCAGCACCAUUGGCGGUAUCAGAGCGGCAAGUGGGUGCAGUGUGGAAAGGCCGAAGGCAGCAUGCCAGGAAACCGCCUGUACGUCCACCCAGAUUCCCCCAACACCGGAGCCCACUGGAUGCGCCAGGAAGUCUCCUUCGGGAAACUGAAGCUCACAAACAACAAGGGGGCCUCCAACAACGUGACCCAGAUGAUCGUGCUCCAGUCCCUCCAUAAGUACCAGCCCCGGCUGCACAUCGUCGAGGUGACCGAUGGAGAGCCAGAGGCGGCCUGCAGUGCUUCCAACACCCACAUCUUUACUUUCCAAGAAACCCAGUUCAUCGCCGUGACCGCCUACCAGAAUGCCGAGAUUACUCAGCUGAAAAUCGAUAAUAACCCUUUUGCCAAAGGAUUCCGGGAGAACUUUGAGUCCAUGUAUGCAUCCGUCGACAGCAGCAUCCCCUCCCCGCCUGGACCCAACUGUCAACUGCUCGGGGGAGACCAUUACUCUCCCCUCCUACCCAACCAGUACCCCGUCCCCAGCCGUUUCUACCCCGACCUUUCUGGCCAGCCCAAGGAUGUGGUCCCCCAGCCUUACUGGCUGGGGGCCCCCCGGGACCACAGCUACGAGGCUGAGUUUCGCACAGUCAGCAUGAAACCCGCAUUCCUGCCCUCUGCCCCCGGACCCACCAUGUCCUAUUACAGAGGCCAGGAGGUCUUGGCGCCUGGAACGGGCUGGCCUGUGGCCCCCCAGUAUCCCCCGAAGAUGGGUCCAGCCAGCUGGUUCCGCCCCAUGAGGACUCUGCCCAUGGAACCCGGCCCCGGAGCCUCAGAGGGGCGGGCCCCAGAGGAGCAGGGCGCCCCCUCGGUGUGGACGGACAUCACCCCCAUCCGGCCAGAGUCUGGCGACUCAGGACUGGGCGAAGGAGACUCUAAGAGGAGGCGCCUGUCCCCCUACCCUUCCAGCGGCGACAGCUCCUCCCCUGCUGGGGCCCCUUCUCCUUUUGAUAAGGAAGCUGAGGGCCAGUUUUAUAACUAUUUCCCCAACUGAGCAGAUGACAUGGUGAGAGGACCAGAAACAGUGUUAUUAGGUUGGAGGACAUCAGCCAACUUAGAAAACAGACUCAGGACUCAGAGGCCAGCUGUGCCCUCUUGUCCCUUCUACAUGUAGGAGUUGGUUAGGGAAGAGGGGGGCCAAGAAGGAUUCUGGGGUUCACCUGCUGUUUCCGAGCUCCCCACUCCUGCCUCUGUCUGAUACACAGUCGUUUACCUGGUGCUGCUUCUGGCAGGAGAUCAGAAAAAAGGGAACAAGAGGGUCUUGGACACAAACGAGUUUCCUCUCUUU